CUUUGAAAAAAUACUAAUCAGAAAUAAUGGAAUUGAGGUAUUGAGAGCGCUAAAGUGUGGAGCAAAACAAAAAAGACUUCUCAUGUAAAUCCAUGAGACCAAAGGUUUUAAAGUUUUUAUAUAACACCGAGACUAAUAAUAGUAGAAAAGAUAUGGUAAUGAUGUAAGCCACGAAUAUAUGUGCAUACAGGCACGCAGAUACUGAAGUCACGGGCUUGCUAGAGUUCCCUCGCGCGCCUGUCAUCAACUUAGUUCUACGUGGUUUGAAAUCCCCCUCCAAAGUCUAACAAUGAAGUUCAACAAUACGCGCCCACUGUAUCGCAUACCUACUGACUCAAAGUUCGUGAGUAUACAAAUCAGUCAGCCAGAGCGAGUCAGCCAUGCACAUUACCGUAUACAUACACGCCAGCUCAGUAGCUAACCAGCCAACGGAUACAUUUUUCCGACAUUCAAUUGGAAUAAUUUGUUAUUUCGCAGACGGCAUUCGAGGAAGACGCAUGCAAGCGAGCAAAUAAGCCGGACAAACGCAGACGAGCAGAACCGUUUUAGUGAGCGCGUGUGAAUGCCAGAGUUAAAUGUGUAUAUAUGUACGUAUGUAUAUAUACCAAAUAAAGUGAAGUGUACACACAUAUGUACAACUGUAUGUUUGUCUAAAGAAAUUUAGUUACAUUUUGUUUAAAAAAAAAGGAAAAAGAAACACAAAAAGUGUUGUGUAAACAAGUAUUAAAAACAAGCAACGGCCAAAAAUAGCGCAGCGCUAUUAAAUAAGCGGUAAGAAAACGAAAAAAAUAAAAUAAAAUAAAAACACACGGACAAGUCAGCGAAAAAUAAACAAAGCGACGCGCAAAUAAGCAUAAACAGCAAGUGCAAAAUAAAAAUGGAAAAUCCACAAUUGCCGCGUGAACUGCGGCUGACAAAGUCGGCAAACAGCAGUUGUCAACAACAGUUUUAUUGAAUUUGUGUCGGGAACGUCGCGUGCGCGAAAGCUCACCCAUUUUGAGACGAUAAGUGUCAAGUGUGUUUCACUGUUUAUAAGUUUUUUACAAAUUGCACUUUGAAACGCGCUUCGAAAACAAAAACAACAAACAAAACGCAGUUCCUCUCAGAGUUAACGCGACAAGUUGUAGCACACAGUAUUGCAAGCGCUUAAACGAUUUUUAUAUUUAUAUACAUACAUACUUACAUAUAAAUAACAGCAACAAACAAGUUGCAAAACAGGCAUAUACGUCGACUACACUGCUUUCUCACGUUGCAGCUGUGCGCGUAGUAACCGGGUGAGCUUAUUGUUGCAAACAGGUCGUACAGCAGGUUUGCGCCACCGCUAAAUACCUACAAAAGCGAAUUUUGUGCAAGAAAAACAAAACAAUCAACAAACGUGACAUAAAAAACCAGUUGCCAUUUCGUACGCCCCAGUUAAAAAGCGUGCUCCAAGUGCGCGCGCAACACCUACAACGCAUAGUGCAACAACCCACAAUAUAUCAGGGCCAAUCAACCACCAACAUCAAGCGCAGCAACAGCAGCAGCGCCAUCUUCAUACCUACAACGCUGCGCGCUUUUCCAGCAAUAUGUCACUACAAACGAAACGCCAGCAUUGCUAUCUAUGCGAUCUGCCACGCAUGCCCUGGGCCAUGAUCAAUGAUUUUUCCGAGUCGGUGUGCCGCGGUUGUGUCAACUAUGAGGGCGCCGAUCGCAUCGAACUGGUGCUGGAUGCCGCGCGUCAAAUGAAACGUCUGCAUCAGGCGGCUAAACGCAGUCAUGAGAACGGUGAAGUGGUCGCACAGCAGCAACAGCAAGCACAACAACAGCAGCAGGCGGCUGUAGCGGCUGCACAAGCGCAACAUCGCAACGCUGGCGGCGCGCCUAUCAAUGUGGGCGUCGGUGUUGGCGUUGUUGGGCCACAACAGCAGCAGCAACAUCAUCACGGCUAUGCGACACAGCGCAUUGGGCCACCACCACCACAAACCGCCGGUAUGAUGGAUUUCCCAGUGAAAAUGGAGGCGCAUGACGCCAGUGUACGCCCAGUGCGCAUCUCACAUAUGACACCGCAUCAUAUGUCGAUGACAAAUCGUGCUGUGGCUGCAGCCGCAGCCGCUGCAGUAGCAUCAAAUGUUGGCGUGGUGGGUCCGGUACCGCCAGCGUUAUCGGUGAAUUUGAAGCGUCCACCAUCCGAGGAUGAUGAUCAUACACAUGGCGGUGAUGGCGGUGGUGGCGGCGGCGGUGGCGCCGGUAACGGCCCGAAUCCGAUGAAGCGCAACGCUAUUGAAGAUCCCAAUUUACCACGUCCACCGCUGACACGCGGCGAUUCAUUGCCGGCGGCCGUUUCUUUUGUACCCGAUAGACAAGCCAAUUUGCGGGACAAACAUCAGCCAGUGCGUGCGCCAUCUUUUGACGCGUCCUCCUUCAAGCCAGGUGUUUAUGUGCCGCCUAUGCCACAUCCGGUUGUGCCGUUAGGCAAUUCGACGUCACCAGCUUUGUCGUCAUCACAACAACAACAACAUCAUCAACAACAACAACAACAACAACAACAACAUCCACAACAAAUAUCACUACAACAACAGCAACAACAACAACAAAUACCACCUCAAUCUCUAGCACCACACCAGUCAAUAGCACCACCACCUCUGCCACAAUUACCAACAACCGCCUGUUCAGUCACUCAAUUAGCACAAAGUCCGAUGGCUAAUCUCAUGUCUAUUACAGAGACAUUGCCACCGGGUAGUCCAAGGAAUGGACCGAGCCCACCGGGACCGCCGCCGCCGCGCACAGCAUCACGCGGCAGCCAACAUUCACCGAAUAGUUCGGCCGGCUCAUCGUCCGGACGUCGCUCUUCGGGUUCGCGUCAUGUCUCGAGCACCACAGUCACCAGCUCAGAGGUGCAGUCGAGUCCAGCGAACACACCACAAGUUGGACCGGGCAGCGGCAACAAUGUGGGCGGCGGCAACGCCAACAAUAACGGCGCAGUCAACGUGAGUAGCGGCAGUGGCGGUAAUGCUGGUGGCAAUAAUGGACCACUACCGCCGGGCGCAAGUGGCGGCGACGCAAAUGUCGGUGGCAACAGCAAUGGCGGUGGUCCAGGUGGUAAUAAUAGCAAUGGUCCAGCCAGUGGCGGCAUGAAUGCAGCAAACGCCGCAGCAACUGGCGGCGCAUCCGCGUCAAAUGCGGCUGCCGCCGCGCAGAAUGCCACACUCAAGUGUACAUUGUGUCAGGAGCGGCUAGAGGAUACACACUUCGUGCAGUGCCCGUCUGUUAAUCAUCAUAAGUUCUGCUUCCCCUGCAGUCGAGAGAGCAUCAAGCGGCAAAAUGGUCUGGGCAAUGAGGUCUACUGCCCCAGCGGCGAUCGCUGUCCUUUGGCUAAUUCGACGAUUCCGUGGGCUUUUAUGCAAGGCGAAAUCACCACUAUACUGGGUGAGGAGGUUAAGGUGAAGAAGGAGCGUGAAUCUUAAUGUCCAUUUUAUUGUAAAAAGCUGCGACGGGCUUUGGAGAAUUUUUAAACAAAAACACACUUAACUGGGCGGCCGAGCAAAGAAAUGUUUUUUUGAGUCAAAACUAAUGUAUUGAAAUUGUAUGAGCAGUUAAAAACUCACAAGUUGAAUGAAUAUUGAAACAAAAAGUACAGAAAUAAGCAUAGAAGUAGAAGUUUAAUAGUUGUGCAGCAGUUUUGCGAAAUGUUUAUAAAAUAAAUGGCAGUGGAAGAUACUUGAAACCAGUUGGGGACAGCGUUAAUAAUAGUGGUCAGUCAAAAAAUAAAAAGCUUUUCAAAAGCCAAACGUUUGUAUUUAAAGUUAAUAAAUGUGCGGCUAAUAACCGUUUAUGUGUGUGGUAAUUUAAAAGAACAACUCGCGUGUAUGUGUUUGUGCGCAUAACUGUUUCGUGCAGCAAAUAUGCGCGCAUUGGCUUUGAAUUGGCAACUUGUAACUGGCUGCUAAGCAUUUUGUAUACAAACCACAUUUGUAUAGUGGCGAAAAGUUGUUUGAGAACUGUUUACAACGAUAACACACGAUGUUAUCGAUGUUUAUACCGCGUACACACAGUUCAGACCACUUUGAGCACCUGGCUUUUGUGCUGGUCCUCCAUGCAGGAGUGCAGACUUUGAACUUUCUUGGCAGUUGCUGUGUUUAAAAGCACGCAGCAACAUUAACAAAUAGAUUUACAUAUAUAAAACAUAUAAAAUAACUAAAAAAAAAAUUAAUUGCAUACUUUUGCGUAUAGCAAAUGCCAGUUUGGAGUACGAGCAAUUGGGCAAAACAUAAAAGCAUAUAAGAAAAGAAAGCCUGUUUAUUAUUUUUGUGGGCCUAAGGAGUGCAUUAUCAAAAAACAAAAAAAAAUUCGAGCAAAACAUGCAAAACAGACGAUUUAAUUAAAGCUUACGCGUUGAGUAGAGUGCAAAUUUGUUUUUUAGUAGAACAUUAUUAUUUUUGAUUUAAGUGAAAAAUAUUUUAAGUUCACAUGCACACAAAAAUCUAUUUAUUUUCACUUUGCGUAGCGUAAACUGCUCAUUUUUUCAAUAACAAUAAUUAAAUAUAAUUAUGCGAAAAGUACGUUUUGCCGUUUUCUUUACAAUAAAAGCUUUUAAAAUCUACGUUAAACAAAUAUUUAAAAAAAUAAUCAAAAUAAGUUUAACAAAAAUUAAUUGGUUUAAUAUUACUUGUACAUAAUGCCUAAUUUGUAAGAUAUCAAAAAUAACUUUUCGUUGAAAUUUAUAUUUGUAGUAACUACAAAAGCGAAUGCAAUUAUGUUUUUGAUUUUUUUUAUGUGUUUUAGCUGUAAAACUAGUUUAUAUAACAAAAACAUAUUAAUGGUUUAACUCUUUAAAAGUAUAAUAAUUUAAUAUUAAAUGUAAAUUAAUGCUAAGUUCAAUUAUAUAUUUUAGUUUUAAACUAUAUAACAUUUAAUGCUAAACAAAAAUAUUUCUUUAAGUGUAUUUGCGAGCUGUUACGGCGCUUAUUUUACGCAUUGUUGUAUUUAUUAUUUAUAGAGAUUUUACGCAGUUUGGCAAAAAAAUAAUAAAAAUUAAAAAAAUUAUAAAAAUUAAAAAAAAUAAUAAAAAUUAAAAAAUAUGUAAAAAUUUACAACAAAAAAUUUACCACAAAAAAAUAUUAAUAUUUGACGCGCAGAGUAAAAAAUAUUAGCGUUAAUUGUCGUGCGUUCAUAACGCCCAAACAGUUUUGUCGUGCAUACACGCUAUUACAUUGCAGUGUAUGCGUUAAAAUUGUGCAAAUUUGUAUUGCAACAGUCAGUGAUUUCUUUCCGUUUAAUUAAUUAGUCAAGGGAAAAUUAAAAUUUGCUGCAAAUUAACAGUAAAAAAAAGUUAUCACAAUUCGUUAGCGAUUAACAAUUUUAACGCAAAUUCCAAUUCUAAAAUGUAAACGUAAAUUAAUUUUUAAAACUUGUUUAUAACAAUAAAUAAAUAAAAUAUAUAUUAAUUUGUAAAUUUUCAACGCCAACCAAGUUGCGGCAUACAACAAAUAUCGUAGUUUUUAGUGGAGAAAGUAAACAAGCAGUAAAUAAUUAUUUAAAUGCAAAUUGCAAAACACUAAACAAUCCUAACUAAUAUUAUAUAAUACACAUUAGAUUUACAAUGCGCAUUAAAAUUAAAUACAUAAAUGUAUAACAUAAAAUCGACAACAACAGUGAAACAAUUGCAAACAAACAAUUUGUAAACUUACCAUGUAAGAAUAUAAAUAUUUCAACGUGAAUAAUAAAAUAUUGGAAAAACA